AUGGAUACAGAAAAUAUAAAUACUGCAAAUCCCCCUCAAGGAAGUACAGUAGUUCAGAAUAUCACGAACUACCCUACUAAGAUCAUUAGAGAAAAUAAAAUUAAACUUCUUAAAGGAUUAGCCCAUACUGGAAAACUUGGAGAAAAGAUUUCUCAAACAUUCAUUCCUACUGAACCAAAGUGGGGACAGUCGGUAUCUGAAAGAGGAGUAUAUAUUGAUCUAGACCAGGUUGGAAACAAAAGAAAGGUCAUAGACAAUUGGGUGGCUAGCUUGAGAUUAAAACAAGUCUUGGUGAUAUAUGCACAAUUUUGCGGAGAUAUAACGGGAUAUAGUGAGCAGCCAAAGGAAAGGGCUAAGGCAAACAUUCAAAAAUUAAGUAUCUGCAACAUGAGAUACUUUGAGGAGUACACCAAUGAGUUCCAGAAUUACUAUUGCACCAUCAGAGACAUAGAUAAUGAAGAUCUGGUAAGAACCUAUUACGAGAAACUACAAGAACCCUGGAACGAUGUAGUAGCACAGUCUAUAGAAGAAAAUCCCUUAUCAUUUUUUACAGUCGGAGGGAUUGCAGAGAAAGUUAGGGAUCUCCUGAGAAGGCAAUGCGUAGAGAACAGAAAAUCCAAAACUGUGAAGAAACAUGUGUCCCAAGAUAUUAGAGACUCCUACGUAGUAGGGAUGUCACACGGAAAGAAAAUACAAAACAAAAGUUCUCUAACAACAAAGAUGGAAAGAAAAAAAAAAUUCCUCAAAAAAGAAGUAGAAUUUCUGAAAAAGCUUCAAAAGAAGAUCUGA